GAGCCCGCCGGCAGGUGAGGGAGGCACCGGCUGAGGUGGCUGCCGGCCCGGCCUGACGGGAGAUGCCGCUAUGAGGCUGCUCUUGCUGGCGUGCCUCCGGGCGAAGACCGGCAACGCGACCACGGCUGAGAGGAUACAGAGUCAUCUACAUGCUGCAGGUCAUAUCUGUGUUCUUAAAGAUGCUUUCAGGUAUGAAAGUCCAGCUGAAAUAGCAAGUCUAACCUCUGCAGAUAAGUUUGAUGCAGCCCUGGCCAUUCAUCUUUAUAAAGGAGGCAGACUUCUGCAAGGUAGCAGAAUUCCUUUUGGAAUCAUCUUUGGAGGGACAGAUAUAAAUGAAGAUAUCAAAUGUGAAGAAAAACGUCGGGUAAUGGGAGAAGUGCUAGGGGAAGCCAGGUUUGCAGUGGCUUUCACGAUGAAAAUGAAGGAACUGGCAGCAACAGAGUGGCCAGAUACUAGGAAGAAAAUAUAUGUCCAAACUCAAGGAAUCAAGACUACACCCAGUGAAACAUUUGACUGGUAUAGAUUUCUGCAAAAUGCAGACAUUCCUACAGAUACAGACAAUUUACAUGUGUUUCUUUUGAUAUGUGGACUUCGGAGAGUCAAAGACCCUCUGUAUUUAGUAGAUGUAUUUUCAGAUUGGCACAGAAGGGAUCCCAGUGUCCAUCUGGGCAUAAUUGGACCUGCAGUUGAUCCGCUUUUUACAAAUGAACUUAAAGAAAAAGUUAAGAGGGCACCUGGAAUACAUUUAUUACAGGAGAUGCCACAGGAUGAUCUUCAUGCUGCUGUGAAAAGGUGCUUUGCUGUGGUGAACAGCUCAAUUUCAGAGGGGAUGUCUGCUGCAAUCCUGGAGGCAAUGGAUUUAGAUACUCCAGUGCUGGCAAGGAACAUUCCUGGGAAUGCAGCAAUAAUAAAACAUAAGGAUACAGGACUGCUAUUUUCAGAUCCCCAGGAGUUUGUUGUGCUGUCCAAGAGUUUGAUGAAUGACCCCAUUAUGGAAAGAGAAAUUGUAACAAGGGCCAAAGACUAUGUGAAGAAACAUCACUCAUGGGAAUGUGAAAGAAAAGCCUAUCAGACUCUUGUCCUAAGACUCCAGUGAAUCUCAGAACUACAGUUGAUACCUAGCAAUCUGUGUAGAGCGCCUUAAUAAUGAUGGAAACGUAAUUAGUUUUGGGUUUCUCUGGGUUUCUUUUUAGAAGAGAUGGUAAGACAUGCAUUAUUAUUCUAUUCAAAUACACCGACAUCACAGGAGUUGCCUGCUACUUCAAACUAUCAAAUUUAUCUAAUUCAACACAGUCUCUAGUGUACCAAUUCAUCACAGACCAGUAUCAUUUUAUAAGAUCACACAGGAGAAAUAUACUCCUCGAACAGACACAAAUUCUUUGUUGUUGUAAGGCUCAAAGGGAGGAUGAUUUCUUGUAUACAGUGGAGCACUCAACCACAAAGAGCUUAUGUCAAACAUGAUCAUUACAUCCUAACAAAAUGCAGUACCAGUUUGCUUUCCAAUUAUACCAGUCUGAAUGUAUUUAGGUACAUGUGACAUACAUACAACUUCAUAAAACCACAUUUAGUUACAUGUAUAGAGUACAAAAUUAUUAAGAUGAAAGCUUUGUUAAGACUAGAAGAUGGACAUGUCUACUGAGUGCAUAAAUAUUUGUGGGCCAAAACAGCAAACAGAGUGUUGAUGCUUAGAGAAAACAAGGAGUACAGGAAAUGUUUAACUGCCGUGCACGUACCUGAAUUCCUUUCUGAUAAGCCAGUAUGGAUGAAAAGUCCCAUGCCUGCAUUUUUUCUUGGGUUCUGGGAGUAGGGCAUGUAGUUUAGCACAGCACUGAUAAGUGUACAUGGCUUCAGAUUCCAGAAUUGCACAGCACUGUCCUCGGCAGCAAGAGGUGCUUGCAGGCAGAAAUGCUUUGUUACGUAAACUACCUCUUAAUUUGCCAGUUACUUUGGUACCUCAGUGAUUUACCUAUUUAAUAAAAGAUUUAUGAGAGCUGUAAAAUGGAAUGAAGGAAAAAAACAAAGGUAUUUUCAAUUUACUGUGUAUUUUGGUACUGUUCAUUCUCAUUGGUGGUUCUCGGGAUAUAUUGUAACAUACUGCAGCAGGCCAUUUUAAAGGGAGACUUAUCUGUGCUUGAAGUCCAUAAUAAUCAUUGUUGCUAGUGCAAUAUUUGUGGACAUAUGUUUGAUUUCAUAAAUGGCCAUCAAAGAAUUUGUAUUUAUAGAAAAAUGAGUGUCAUACUUUUAAUUCUUACUGGCAAACACUAUAUGCUUUAUAUAGGCUUGAUCCUGCCCCAAUGAGAACCAGUGAGUUUUCUGUUGAUUUGAGUGGCUAUUGAAUCAGACUUUUCUUUGUAAUAAUGAAGUUAAGUGUGCGUUUUAAGCUUUCCUCUGUGUUUUCGAUAUUUUGCAAUUGUUGAGACAGUAAACAAGAAAGGAAUUUG